AUGUUUUGUCCACAGGUACACGGUUCGUGGGGUCUUCCAGCCUUCGUGUGUGACGUGUACAUAGCAAUGGACGUAACCUCGUCCACUUCUAGCAUAUUCAAUUUAGUCGCUAUAUCCAUUGAUAGGUACAUCGCCGUCACUCAACCAAUAAAAUACGCAAAGCAUAAAAACAACAGGCGAGUCUGGUUCACUAUAGUUCUGGUCUGGCUGAUAUCUGCUGCUAUUGGUGCUCCAAUCGUCUUAGGCCUCAACGACACGCCCGACAGGAACUUUGACGAGUGCCUGUUCAAUAGCCAGAACUAUAUCAUCUAUUCAUCAAUGGGAUCGUUCUAUAUACCGUGCAUCAUGAUGAUGUUCCUCUAUUACAAUAUUUUUAAGGCACUAAGAAUACGAGCAAAGAAACAAAGGGCGGCCAAGAAGCCACCAGUUUCUGGUGACCCAGCAGCCGGUGCGUCCGCAGCUGUGGUCAUAGAAAAUGUUGCCCAAACUAGAAGGCUGGCGGAAACAGCGCUUCACGAUGACAGAGCUACGAAUACUGGGUCUGGGAGUAACGAGGAAGACCAUGAGGACAGUUACGACAAACGAUCAGCAGAUCUCGAGGCAGACGCAGACGAAUGUCACGUGAUACCAAAUGACAAGUCUACGGAAUUCAUGUUGGCGACAGUUGCGGAAGAGUCCAUUAUUACCCCAAAAAACCACAGCAAAAACCGCAUGCCGGAUCCGAAUGGCAACAACGACUCGGGGAAUGCGCCUUCGAACCUCGAAGACACGAUCAGAGAGCACGUCUCUCCACCUGGUUCACCUGGCAUGAAAGACGCUACAGUCUUGAAGAAUAUGGGCUGUGAUGGUAUCAAAUGGAAGAAAAACGGAAAGACUGCGAAAUUGACUGAUUCUAGAAACGUUUCCCUCGCCAUACGUUCGGAGGAAGACUUGGAAGCCAGCACCUUGGACCUCCAUGAUGGCGCAACGUCUAAAAAAGAGCGCAAAGCCAGCGCUGCGACAGCACGCUUCACGAUUUACAAAGCGAAUAAAGCCAGUAAGAAGAAACGCGAAAAAUCCUCUGCCAAAAAAGAAAGAAAGGCCACCAAAACUUUGGCCAUAGUUUUAGGAGUUUUCCUCUUUUGCUGGGCUCCGUUCUUCACGUACUCCGUCCUUGGAGCUAUCUGCGAUAAGUUCGAUCUCCCUUUCUCCCCUGGAGUGACGGUCUUCAUUCUGACAACGUGGCUCGGGUACAUCAACUCGUUCCUCAACCCGGUCAUCUACACGAUCUUCAACCCGGAAUUCAGGAAGGCUUUCAGGAAGAUCCUGCAUUGCGGCACCUAGCCCGCGGAAUAUUUGGUCGUCUUCACGCAGUAAGGCUGAUGGUGGAGCCUUGUGGAAUAUAUUUACGUGCUACCGAACUGAAG